AUGACGCCAAGUCUGAUCACGUUGCCGGUUGAGAUCAGGGACCCGCCGAAUCUGAUCACGUUGCCGGUUGAGAUCAGGAACGUCAUCUGGAAGUACACGAUGAUAGAUACAAUCAAAGUCUGCGGCAGUGCCUGUGAUGUCAACGGCCACCGCGCAGAAACCUUCCACGACGAGACUGCGGUCGUCAAAGGUAUCAAGAACCCACGGACUCGCUUGUUGCUCGUCUGCAGAACGGCGUACCACGAGGUCCUGUCUUUGAAGUCUACCUACACACUCAACCUCUGCCCCCGAAUCAGCGUCGAUUAUGUCAUCCGAUCAAGUCUGCUGGCUCGGGAGGACCGACUGUGGUGGACUGCGCAAUGGGUGAUCGAAAACAUUAGCUAUAUAUGCUGUGACGCAUGCAUUUUUCCGGACGAAGCAAAAUUGAUCCAUCAAGAUGGUAACAUGAGAGCCCUCCUCGGGCGCCUUCAACGUCGCUCGAACCUCCGCUUCGCGAGCCUUCUUCAGUGGUUUGACAUCGAUAUGACACUGCUGUCCACAAAGGGUCAGACACUCGAAGACAUCUCAACAGGAUCUAAAUUCGACAUGGCUAUAAUUGGCGUAGGGAUCGUGCUCAAGGGGUUACGAAGCCAUGCUAGUUGA